AUGGUUCGACAGAAGCAGUUGUUUGUUGUUCGAGAAGAACAAACUGUUACCAUCUCAGAUUCUGAGCCUGAACCAGAACCAAAGAGAUUUAGACUGCCGGGUGAAACGGAAGCCGGGUCUUCCAAUAGACAUGCUGGAGAUCCUCAAGGAACAACCAUAAGCCGACUAAUGCAAACCGAAGAGCAAGUGUCAAUUCGACAUAUAACAGAGGCACGAAGAUUUGCUCAAAACCGACAAAAUGAGACACCUGAACAGCGUAAUGUAAGACUGGAAAGGGAACGGAUAAACCGAGCUAAUGUGGCAUAUAGGCGAUUACAGGAAACAGCUCACGCUGCUGUCGUUGAGAGUCCAGACGAAGAUACCGUAGUUCUGCAUAAUUUAGGUAACAUGAAUGUGUCAUGCGAAUUUUGCAAUGCAAUAAAUUUUUUACAAGAACGACCUGUGGAUAAAAAAUUUACAGUUUGCUGUAAUAAAGGAAAAUUACGAAUACCAAAUUUUGAGAAAAAUGAAAAACUCUUAACUGGAAAAGAUCCUGAUUCUAAGAAUUUCAUGGAUAACAUAAGGUCAUACAAUAGUGCAUUUGCAUUUGCAUCAGUUGGAGCAAAAAUUGCAUCUCCUCCUGGAUAUGGUCCAUACUGUUUCAGAAUUCAUGGUCAAAUUUACCACAGAGCUGGAACAUUACACCCUGAAGAGGGAGAACCACGAGUAUACGCACAAUUAUAUAUCUUAGACCCUGACGAGGCCAAUAAUCGUAGGCUUAAUGAACCAGCUAACUCUGCAUGUAGAAAUCAUGUAAUGGCAAAUUUGUUGGAUAUUAUGAAGGACAACCCUUUUGCUAUGGCAUACAAAAUGUUGCAUGAAUUCGAGAAAGAUGAGAAUGCUCGAGCCAUACGUGAAGGCCAUGCAGUUAGCGAAGCUACUAUGGCCAUUGUCCAAGACCGGAAUCUUGAUCAACGCCGAUACAAUGCGCAAGCAUGUAAUGAAGUUGCAAUUAUCUUCAGCAACCUUGACGGGGAGCCCCCUUUUGAACGGGAUUUAUUAAUCCAUUUGAGACCUAAUGGUGAAAAUUCACCAAAAACAAAAAGAAUCAGCAUUUUGAAUAAAAAUCUUGAUGCUUUAACGUACCCAAUCCUUUAUCCAAAAGGUGAACAAGGUUGGGGAGAAGACUUGGCACUAUUUAUUCCAAAUCAAACAAAUCCUAAUGCACAUAAAAGGGUAACCUUAAAAAUGUACUACUCUUACUUAUUCUCAAUUCGAGAGACAUUUAGCCCAAUUCUAAGUGCUGGAAAGCUUACACAGCAGUAUUUUGUUGAUGCUUAUGUAAAAGCUGAAGCCAACGAUUUAAAUUUUGUUAGGCAAAAUCAGAAGCAGUUGAGAGCUGAUGAUUACGAGUCUUUAGUUGACCAUGUAGGAUCAGCAGCAGAGCAAGAAGGAAUAGUUCCUGGGAAACGAACGAUUCUCCCUUCAACCUUUCAAGCUAGCACAAGAAAUAUGACUCAAAAUUAUCAAGACGCAAUGUCAAUGGUACGGAAAUUUGGAAAACCAGAUUUGUUUAUUACAAUGACAUGUAAUCCAAAAUGGGUAGAGAUUACUGAAAAUUUAAAGCACGGUCAAAAACCUGAAAAUAGACCAGAUUUGGUUUCACGAGUAUUCAAUCUUAAAUUGAAAUCACUUCUUGAUGAUUUACUUAAAAAGGAUGUUCUCGGACAUAUCCAGGCAAAAAUUCAUGUUAUUGAAUUUCAAAAGAGAGGCUUGCCUCAUGCACACAUUUUAGUAAUUCUUAAUGAAGUGGAUAAGCCAAAAACCACAGCUCUUAUUGAUAAGAUUGUUUGCGCAGAAAUACCAAAUAAGGAUACUCAUCCAAGAUUAUUUGAUAUCGUUACAAAAAACAUGAUUCAUGGACCGUGUGAUAAACCCAACUCCAGGUCACCCUGUAAAACCUUAAAAGGCACAUGUGAAAAAGAAUUUCCUAAGCAAUUUCAGGAAGAAACAUUUGCAAAUUGCAACGGGUAUCCUUUAUACCGGAGGCGUAGUAAACCCCCAGUUAUGACUGAUAAAAAUAUUGAAAUUGACAAUAGAUGGGUAGUGCCAUAUAACCCAUACUUGAGUUUAAAGUAUAAUUGUCAUAUUAACGUUGAAGUUUGCGCAUCUAUUCGAAGCGUUAAAUAUUUGUUCAAAUAUGCUUAUAAGGGACAUGAUUGUGCAUUGGUUGAACUACAACUAGAUGAAAUAAAAACACAUGUAGACUCAAGAUAUGUUAGUCCUCCUGAGGCAGCUUGGAGAAUUUUUCGACUGCCAAUGCAGGACAAAACGCAUUCAAUAACUAGGUUGAAAGUUGAUUUACCAGGUACAAAGCGAGUAACUUUUGAUCCAAGUAGAAUUCAAGAAGCUAUUGACAGAGCAGAAAGUACUGACACUACUUUAACGGCAUAUUUUAAGCUUAAUUGCGAAGACCCUGAAGCAAGGAAAUACAAAUAUUCUGAAAUUCCAGAAUACUAUGUAUUUAAUAGAACAAACUCUUGGGUGAGACGUAAGGAUGGACAUAAUAAUAAGGUGAUUGGGCGAUUGUAUUCAGCAAAUAUGAAACAAAAUAGCGAAAGAUAUUUUUUGCGACUUCUGCUUCUUCAUGUUGCAGGACCCACUAAAUAUGAUGAUUUACUGGAAUAUCAGGGGCAUGCACAUGCCACAUUUUAUGAGGCUGCAAAGGCCAGAGGUUUAGUUUCCGAUGAAACCGUAUGGAAUGACACAUUAAAUGAUGCAGCUUAUGCUGCAAUGCCGAGGCAACUUCGCGAGUUAUUUGCUUAUAUAUGCGUAUUCGGUGAAUCGCCUGAUAUGUCCAGUUUGUGGGCUGCACACAAAGAAAGCUUGACUGAAGACUUUGCAAGAGUUCAUGGACAUACAUCCAAUGAAGAUUGUGAAAUGUGUGAAUCAUAUGCACUUAGAGAUAUCUCAGAAACACUGAUUACCCAUGGUAAAAAAUGUUCGAAUUACAAUUUAAGGGAUCCUCCGAGAGAUUUACCUUUAAACUUGAACGAUUUUGUAAAUAUUGAAGUCGAGCGUGACCUCGGGGAAAAUCUCAAAUCAACAUUGAAUAAAGAACAGCUUCAGGCAUUUGAAAAAAUUGAAACUGCAAUGAAUUCCUCAGAUGGGACUGAGAAAUGUUUUUUCCUUGACGGUCCUGGAGGGAGCGGAAAAACUUAUUUGUAUAAAACAUUUUUGAGCCAUGUUAGAGGACAAGGUGAGACAGCUUUACCUGUUGCAUCGACAGGUAUAGCUGCCAAUUUACUGAAAGGGGGUCGAACUUAUCACUCCCAAUACAAGGUACCUAUAAACUUGAAUGAAACAUCUGUCUCUGGAAUAGAGAUGACUUCUAAAGAUGCAAAAGUCAUUCGAGAUGCAAAAUUAUUAAUUUGGGAUGAAGCCACUAUGGCGUCAGCUAAUGCAUUACAUUGCAUCGACAGAUUGUUGAAAGAAAUAAUGAAGAGCGAUCUUGCAUUUGGAGGAAAAGUUUUACUUCUUGGAGGUGACUUUAGGCAAACUUUGCCAAUAAUACCGCAUGCAGAUGCAGUGGCAAUUGUACAGGCAAGCAUCAAAUUUAGCCAUCUGUGGAGAAAAUUUCAGGUUUUAAAACUUGACAGUAAUGUCAGAUCCACUGAUAUUGAAUAUAGCGAAUGGCUAAUGAAACUUGGUGAUGGAGAAUUAACUAAUGAACAUUCACUUGGUGAAAAUAUAAUAGAAAUUCCAGAAUCAAUGUUGGCCUCGGAAAACAUUGUAAAGGAUAUUUUUGGAGAUUGUUUAACUCCUGAAAAUGUUGAACAAUUUUGUAACAGGGCAAUUUUAUGUCCCACAAACGCAGAGGUGGAUAAAAUAAAUAAUCAAGUUUUGCAGAUUCUACAAGGUGAAUGCAAGACCUAUCUAAGUACAGAUUCAAUUGUAACUGAUGAAGACUCUAGCAGAGAUGAUUAUCCUGUAGAAUUUUUGAACACCUUGAAUCCGUCUGGGUCGUCACCUCAUGAAUUAAAACUAAAAGUUGGAGCAUUAAUUAUGCUAUUAAGAAAUCUUAACACUAAGCGUGGGCUAUGCAAUGGUACACGAUUAGUAGUUACAGAAUUAAAGCCAAACUUGAUUAUUGCAAAAGUCCUUACUGGAUCUGCUGAAGGAAACUUAGUUUUCAUACCCAGAAUUGACCUUAUAACCGACUCUGACCUUCCAUUUCACUUAAAAAGAAGACAGUUUCCUGUUAAAUUAGCAUUUGCAAUGACAAUAAAUAAAUCUCAAGGGCAGACAUUAGAUAAAGUGGGAAUUUAUCUCGCAAGCCCUGUAUUUGGUCAUGGGCAACUAUAUGUCGCAUUUUCAAGAGUUAGACGAUCAAUUGACGUGAGAGUCCAUGUCACUAAUACAUGUGAACAAGUAUUUCGAAAGAACACUAUCUGUAUAAUUGGAAUUUCUAGAAAACUUCAAUUGGGUCUGGGUGUCGGGGCUCUUAUUCUACUAGUUGUAAUUCUUAUUUGGAUACGGGAAUGUAUCAGGGCUUGCAUUGACAAGUGCUUCAAUUUACUCUUGGACAGUCUUUGUCCUAGCUGUUGUGACGAUGAUGCUGACGACGACUCCGUAUAG